GCUUCUGGUGGGGAGCUGAACCCAUGUGCUCAGUUGCUAGGCAUAUGGAGAGCAUCAUGCUCUUCACCUUGCUGGGACUGUGUGUGGGGCUGGCAGCUGGCACAGAGGCUGCAGUGGUGAAGGACUUCGACGUAAGCAAGUUUUUAGGCUUCUGGUAUGAAAUUGCCCUUGCCUCCAAGAUGGGUGCAUACGGCUUGGCACACAAGGAGGAGAAGAUGGGAGCCAUGGUGGUCGAGCUGAAAGAGAACCUUCUGGCUCUGACCACCACCUAUUACAAUGAGGGCCACUGUGUGCUGGAGAAGGUUGCAGCCACUCAGGUGGACGGUUCAGCGAAGUACAAAGUCACCAGAAUAUCAGGAGAGAAAGAAGUUGUUGUUGUAGCCACAGACUACAUGACGUAUACCGUGAUUGAUGUCACCUCUCUGGUGGCCGGGGCAGUACAUCGAGCCAUGAAACUGUACAGCCGGAGCUUGGACAACAAUGGGGAAGCUCUGAAUAAUUUCCAGAAGAUAGCCUUGAAGCAUGGGUUUUCAGAAACAGAUAUACACACUCUCAAGCAUGACUAGACCACACUUUCCAGCUCCAGGUGAAGAGCUGAGCAUAUAGGGGCAAGCCGCCUGUGCAGGCUUCAUACAUGUCCACGGUGACCCUGCUGAAUGAAAAUGCAUUGCAUUUUUCUGUGAAUACUCUGUAAUGGACACACCUCAUAUAGCUGGAUCAGGGUCCACCCACUGAUGGACUGAUUUGUCACAGCCUCGUCCUCACUCUGGAGCCAUCUACUGUCUCUUAUGAUCUGGAAACAGCCCUCGCAUGUCCCAAGCAGAGAUGAGGGCAGUAGCUCUCUUAAAUGGAAGGGGGGGUGGUGCCUAUAUUUUCCUUUUUUAAAAAUUUAUUAUAUGUAAGUACACUG